UGUUUUUGUUUUGUAAUGAUACUGGUACGAUCUGUACUGCCUCGUUGUAAACUGGCAUAUUUAUUAGAUAAACACUUAGCAGUAAUGCAGUACUGAGCAAUUUUCGUGCAUAAUUAUUGAUACAAACACAGUCCGUCAUGUCGGAAACGAAGGAAAUGCAGCUCGAAGAGCGCGAAGCGCUUAUUUCUAUUUAUGAGGGUGAUAGUUCCUUUAAACAGAUCAAUACGGAAACCUAUCAGUAUAAGUAUGGUGAGGAAGAGGGCGGUAAAUCAUUUCUGCUGGAAAUCUGUUGGAAUGAGAACUACCCUAACGAGCUUCCGAAUAUCAACGUGGAUAUGUUUUACAAUCGGAACAUAUCCCGUGCAGUCAAAGACAAAAUAAUCUCAAUUUUGAAGGAAGAAGGCGAGCAGUGGCUUGGCUGUGGGAUGACUUAUACCCUGCUCGAGUGCCUUAAGGAUAAAGUAGAGGAGUUACUGGUGGAUGAUUGCGCGACUAGCGGUGUUGACCAGCAGGUUAUCGGGACAAACCACCAAGAUGACGAGGAGGACUCCGGUGACGCAGACCCAGACGAACGGGGGACAAAAGUUAGCUCUACUGCUGGAGGUGGUGGUGGCGGCGGCCAGAAAAAGGAACAAUUAACUAAGGCACAAAAACGAAAGCAAUGGGACCGUGUUGAUAAAAAGGGUAAUCGGCCUAGAGGUUGGGACUGGGUGGACAUUGUGAAACAUUUGUCACAGACUGGAGGAAAAGGCGAGUGAACACUGAAUUUUGUCUUGUUACGAACUACGAAGGAAGCGGUGAGUGAUGGUGGUCUUUUUGAUCCUUUAACUCCAGCAAUUGCAAAUAUUGUUGACUAAAUUUUGUAACAAGGAAUAAAUGAAAAGAAAAUAUA